AGAGCAGCUGCAGUGAAAAUGUCUUCAGUUCAGUCUCUCAGAGAGUUUAUCGGUGAGCGGUUAACCGCCGCUGCGGAAGAAAUCUUCACUCACGUGGAACAAACCAUCUUUAAGCUGGAGGCAGAGCUGGAGCGGCAGCGCAGACUGCUGGACAUCGUUCUGCAGCCACACAUGCAGCUCCAGACGGCAGGCCUCCCCCCCACAUACCCGAGGAACGAAGAAGACGCAGAGCUUCAGCAGAUUAAAGAGCAAGAGGAGGAGAUCUGCAUCAGCCAGGAUGAGGAGCAGCCUGGUCUGAAGCAGGAGGCCAAUACCUUGAUGGAGACUCAUUUUUAUCAGGAAAACGACUUCAGUGAAGAAGACCUCAACAGUCAGCAGCUCCAAGCUCAGAGCUUUAAUGAUGGGCAGGAUGAAGAAGAUCACCAGGAAGCAUCAAGCACAGAUAGAGAGGCAGGACCUCACAGCAGAGAGGACACAGACAGGAGUCAUGUGGGAGAAAGACGGUGUCAUUCCGACUUAGAGAACGUGUCAGAAGUGAACUGCCACGGCGAAAAUCCCUUCAACAAAAGAACCCUUGCAAAGAAACGUCAAAGAAGCCAAAAUGUUCGCAGACAUUCUUGUAAAGAGUGCGGCAAGACCUUUAAAACUGCUCACUGCUUGACGUACCACAGGAGAACCCACACGGGAGAGAAGCCCUUCUGCUGCAACGUGUGCGCUAAAAGCUUUCACCUGAGUUCCUCCCUGAAGAACCACAUGAUGAUUCACACGGGGGCCCGGCCCUUCUCCUGUGCGGAAUGCGGGAAACGUUUCAGUAGAACCUCCACUCUCAAAACCCACAUGGUGACCCACACCGGAGCGCGGCCCUUCUCCUGCCAACAAUGUGGAAAACGCUUCAGCCGGGCCUCCACUCUCAAGAGUCACAUGAUCUCUCACACUGGGGCCAAGCCGUUCUUUUGCGCGCUGUGUGCUAAAGGUUUCACUCGGAGUUUUCAUCUGAAGUGUCACAUGAGAACUCACAGGGCAGACGCAGGUUUGUUGUGAAGAUGCUGAAGCUUCAGCAGAACACAGGAGAGGUCCCGCAGGGAUGGAGGAUGACGACAUCAGCACCGUGAUGUAAGCAGCAGGUCAGAGAUGCCACCGUCAGGGUGGGGCAUUGGCUCCACGAACAUGAUGGUGACGUCUGUCCUCCAGGAGCCUCAGAACUUCUGUUAACGUUGUUGCUCACUCUCAAUUUUUGGUUUGCCUAGAACGACCUUGCAUUCUGUAAAUCCUAAUCAUUGGCCCUUUUAAAAUACAGAUUAAAACUGCUCUGAAGUAUUUUUCUUCAACAAAAAAAAGUAUAUUAUAAUUUUGUUUAAAUGUUUUUUUUUAGAAUUUAUCUGUCUUGUUUUGUUUGGAACUUGAAGGGAACGUCAGCAUUUCAUUAUAGUUUUGCUCUAAAUUUAAUGAUAAUAAAUGUCUUUAAAGCACAAGUUUAAUUUCUUUAAGAUGAUUCUGCUUUUGCAGAGUUAGCUUAAAACUUCCUUGUGGCUUUGCUUAAAUUACAAAGAAAAACCUGUUUUCAUUGCGAUAUCGGCAUUUUAUAGCUACAGCUGUAAACCUGAAAAUUACUUGUAAUUAUUUAGUAAAACCAUCCAGGUUUAGUUUGUCACCCACAAGACAGGAAAUGUUAGCAAACUGGAACGUCUUCAAGGGUAAUAAAGAAAAGUUUUUUUCUUACUAAAGAGA